AUGGCCAACAACAACCAAGAAAUGCAGAUGGAAGUUGCUGAGGUAAGUAAUAUAUUUGAUAUAUAGUACUAGUACUGGUCUUAAAAACAAGUAUUUUGCAAUGUAAAUUACCGUUACCCUAUCUCUUCAUCAUAUCCUAGUGUAAUCUACCACAUCCUCCAUACCCUGUUCUUAGUUAUUCUACCCUAUUCUAUCCUACUUCGACCUACCCUACCCUCCCUGUCUUUUUUAGUUAUUAUACCCUAAUUUACAUUGACUUAUCUUACUUUACUUUCCACUUACUUACUUCGGUAUACUUUACUAAUAUAUCAAACCUUACUCUUAUCAUCUUACUACUGACCCUACCCUACCUGUAUUCUGCUUUACACUCCUCUACUCUACGGUACUUCGUCGUACUCUAAAAUACCCUACCUUACACUACUGUACCGAAAAUAACACCCUACCAUACACUACUAUACCUACACUUUUUUACUAUUAUAUAUAUAAAUGCGCUUUAAACUUCAACUCUGCUCUUACAAUAGCUAUACCGUAGCUCUAGAAAUACAUUAGCAUACCCUAAUCUACAAUGAUCCACCGUACUCAACCAUUUUUUACUUUGCCCUACAAUACCCUUAUCUCCACUAUCCUAAUUCACUUUGGCACAGCAUAUUUUAACAUAUCCUACUCUGUGCAACCCUAACUUUACACUAAGCUGACAUCAUCGCCCUUAACAUACCCGGCCUCCUCUAUUUUACCCUACCCUCAUCUACUUUACCCUACUCUACUCUAUCAUUCUAUACCUUAUCCUACCCUACCUUAACAACUACAAUAGCUUAUUUCCUUACCAUUUUAGAUUGACUUUGAAGCAAAAUUGAAAGAAAUAGAAGAAGAGGCUAAGAAGAUCAAGAGCCUCCAAGCCAACCAGCCUCCCCUCCCCACCACCGGCCGCACCAGCCCUCAAGCGGCCAAGACAAUGAAAGAAAAGCAGGCCCAAGACCUGCUCUCAAUUUUUGUCGGCAAUGUCGACUAUAGUGCGACUCCAGAGUCGCUUCAACAGCACUUUGCCGAGUGUGGCACGGUAGACCGUGUCACCAUCCUACUCGACAAAUUUAGAGGCAACCCCAAAGGGUUCGCCUACGUCAAGUUUGCCGACUUGACAGGCAAGAUCAAGGCCAUGGAGUUGGACGAGAGUCUGUUCCUCGGCCGGCAGAUCAAGGUGUCCGAGAAGAGAACCAACCAGCCCGGAAUUAGCACCACCAACCGACCACCACGACAUCUGGCCCAGCGACCCAGAGGGGGAUUCAACGGCCGAGGAAGACCAGCACAAUUUGGUGGUGCAGCGAGAGGACCUGUACGUACUAUAGUAAAGUACGUCUACCCUACGAGCCGUGGCGGCAAGGAUGGUCCGUUCAGAGGUCGUGGAAGACCUUUUUAG